AUGCUUCCCUCCUCCGGCCCCGCCUGUGUCCGUCCAUCACUAAUGCAGCCGGCUGGCGCGGUCAAUGAGCUCAUUGACCGGCCCUUCCCUGGGGUCCUGGCCCAGCGCUGCCAGGAACUGGGGAGGCGUGACCCCGGCUCCCCACUCCCCCUCCGCUGUGACCCUGCAGAGGCGACCUGUAUCACAGAGAUGUCGGUGAUGAUGGCUUGCUGGAAGCAGAAUGAGUUCCGCGACGAAGCGUGCAGGAAAGAGAUCCAGGACUUCUUCGAUUGUGCUUCGAAGGCGGAGGCAGCCCGAAAGAUGAGAUCAAUCCAGGGAGAGUAUGGGAAUUUACCCCCCCAGAAAGUGAAUAUGUUGUUACAGAGGUUUCCUAACAAAUCACAUCUCAGCUGAAAAUGGAGAAACAUUUUCAAUGACUGGACUGUCGCUUCUGAGAAUAUACAGAGGCAUUUUAGAGACAUUUGCACUGCCAUGCUCUAUUGGAAGGGUAAAAGGUGGCGAAACACUUUUUUCACCCUUUGGAAUUAAUGUCUGGGUGGAAGUUAUGCUUUAUCUUGAAAUAAACUCCUCUGAAGAGAA